GGAGGGAACCAAAAGUUCGCGUGCUGCUGGGACGCCUGCCAGCUCGCGUUCGAUACGCCCGACGCGCUCAAUCAGCACUUGAACGAUGCGCACAUCGGCGCCGGCCUGUCGACCUACUUGUGCUGCUGGCGCGGCUGUCCGCGCGCCGCUCAGGGCUCCGCGGGCAUCUUCAAGCAGCGGCAAAAGCUGCAGCGGCACUUGACGACGCACACCAACUUCCGCCCGUUCGUCUGCGCCGAGUGCGGCGCGCGCUUCAGCGAGGCGACCGGCCUACAUCUGCACGCGCGCACGCACACCGGCGACCGGCCGUUCGCGUGCGAGCACCCGGGCUGCGACAAGCGCUUCGCCACCAGCGGCAGCCUGAUCAACCACAUGCGCGUCCACUCCGGCUACAAGCCGUUCCGUUGCCCUGUCUGCCACCGUUGCUUUGCGGAGGCCAGCAACCUGUCCAAGCACAAGAAGACCCACAGCGGCGAGCGCAACCACGAGUGCAAGAUCUGCGGGCGCGCCUACGCCAGGUCCGAUCAGCUUACUCGCCACAUGAAGACGCACGAG